AUGUCUCCAUCAGCUACAAUUCCUCAAGUCCUAACGGACGAACAAGUUCAAUUCUUUCAUGAUAAUGGAUAUCUCCUAAUUGAGAAUGCAUUAGAUGCUGAGACUAUUGCUGGGUUGAAGGAGCGGACGAAAUCCUUGCUUGAGGAUUUCUCGUUGGAAGGACAUCCGAUGACUAAGUUCUCGACGGGCGAGAAAGGGAAUAAGCAUGUUGGUGACCAGUAUUUCUUGGAGAGUGGAGAUAAGGUUCGGUUUUUCUUUGAAGAAGAUGCCUUUGACUCCACUGGGAGCCUCACUCGUCCCAAAGAGAAGUCUAUUAACAAAAUCGGCCAUGGUCUACACACAGAAGACGCUGCCUUCCGUGCCAUGACUCUCACUCCUCAAAAUCUCAGCAUCGCGCUAUCUCUCGGAUUUAAAGAUCCCCGAGUUCUUCAAUCAAUGAUUAUCUGCAAGCAGCCAGAGAUCGGUGGCGAAGUAGGUUCUCACCAAGACUCGCCGUUUUUGUUCACAAACCCGCCAUCGGCAAUGGGGUUCUGGUACGCCCUUGAAGAUUGUACAAUCACAAACGGAUGUCUUGGGUUCAUCCCAGGCUCGCACAAGUACUCCCCGAUUACCAACCGAUUAGUUCGGAUAAACGGCGGAGCAGAUGGAACUGGGUUUGAGAAUAUUCCAGAAACAUGGCCUGCGGAUGUUCAUGCUCCACAUCCGACUAAAGAGGAGAGGGAGAAGUUGGCGGAGGAAAAGAAGUAUCAAUUGGCAGAGGUGAAAGCUGGGACUUUGGUAUUGAUUCAUGGGAGUGUGCUACAUAAGAGUGAGAGGAAUAGGAGUUUGAACAGUAGAUGGAUCUAUACUUUUCAUAUGAUUGAAGGGGAGUAUGAAUACGAUGCGAAGAAUUGGCUGCAGCCGUCCGAAGGCGGGUUUUCGAAGUUGAAGGAUGUCGUGUGA